GCAAGCGCGAACGUGCACAGCUGAUGAGAAAAGAGAGCGCGCGAGAGUGGGGGAGAGAUAGAGGGAGGAGAGGAUGCGACCAGUGAUGUAGAUGGACCGUUUCUCUAUACGGAUGCUCGAAUGUGCGAACACAUUAUUAUUAUUAUUUUUUUAUUUUAAAUCGUCUCCCAUGCUCGUUUGAAGACUGAAAACUAAAUCAGGUGACAAGAUGGGGAAUGGUUCGAUGAAAUCAAAGCGUUACAAACACACAGACGGCUCUGCUGCCGCCUCCGACAGCCGACCCCACAAAGAUCAGGGGUUCAAAAACUCGCCCCUGGACUCCCUGAGGGCCCGAGUGGAUGAGCUGGAGCGAGAGGGCAAGAGGAGGGACGAGGAGCUUUGUGCCAAAGAGCUUCAGAUCAAGGCUCUCCAGGAGCAGCUGGCCAAACAGACGCGAGCUCUGGCCGAGCUGAGCGAGGAGCUGCAGAACAAGUGCAUCCAGCUCAACAAGCUGCAGGACGUGAUGAAGAACCAGAGCGGGGCCUCGGCAGGUCUGGCAUCAAGGCCCCCUUCCAUCAGAGUUGCCAGCAAGGGCAGCCCCAACCUCAGUGUUCGCAUCAAGGAAACCCUCAACAGAAGGAAAGGGGCCAAAGCCGGGGUGUCGGCCGAACCCACAUCCAGGACCUACGACUCCAGCAGCCUGCCAAAGUUCUCUUUCGAGAAGGUCCGGGUACCGAAGGAUGCAAGUGUAAAGAAGCUGCUGACAGACUCCCUGAACAAGAACCAGUACCUGAAGAGGCUUGAGCUGCAGCAGGUUAAAGACAUGGUGGAGUGUAUGUACGAGCGCACCUACCAGCAGGGAGAGUACGUCAUCAAGCAGGGAGAGCCUGGGAACCAUCUGUUUGUGUUGGCAGAUGGGAAGCUGGAUGUGUUUCAACAUAACAAACUGCUCACAUCAAUAGCGGUGUGGACCACAUUUGGAGAAUUAGCCAUUCUGUACAACUGCACACGGACAGCAUCAGUGCGAGUGGUGAACAAAGUGAGGGUGUGGGCUUUGGACCGGGAGGUGUUUCAGAACAUCAUGAGGAGGACGGCUGAGACACGACAUGAACAGUACCGCAACUUCCUCCGAAGUGUUUCACUCUUGGCUAAUCUACCAGAAGACAAGCUAAGCAAAAUAGUGGACUGCCUCGAGGUGGAAUACUAUGACAAGGGAGAGCACAUCAUCCGGGAGGGAGAGGAGGGGAGCACCUUCUACAUCAUCGCACAGGGAAAGGUGAAGGUGACCCAGACCACCGAGGCCCACAAGCUGCCGCAGAUCAUCAACACGCUGCAGAAGGGAGACUACUUUGGAGAGAAAGCCCUUAUAAGUGAUGAUUUUAGGUCAGCUAAUAUCAUCGCCGAUGAGGACGGGGUGGAGUGCCUCGUCAUCGAUAGAGAGACAUUUGAUCAGACAGUGGGCACUUUCAAUGAGCUGCAGAGGUACCUCCAAGGCUACGUGGCGACACUUGAUCGUGACGACAAGAAGAGACAUGCCAGGAGGUCCGUAUCGCGCCACCAGAGCCAGCCGCUGUCCCCAGACGUCAUCCAGUUGAAGGACCGGGUGGCCGUGUUUCCUCAGUCCAGGCCCUUCGACCACCUGGAGCUCGUCGCUACUCUCGGGGUCGGCGGCUUUGGACGAGUAGAACUGGUGAAGGUGCAGAACGAAGACGUCACCUUUGCACUGAAAGUCAUCAAGAAGAAGCACGUCGUAGACAACAGGCAGGAGGAGCACAUCCACUCGGAGAGGAAGAUCCUCGCCGAGGCGCGCUCGCCGUUUGUUGUCAAACUGUAUCGCACAUUUAAGGAUAACAAGUAUGUGUACAUGCUGCUGGAGGCCUGUCUGGGUGGAGAGAUUUGGAGUCUGCUCAGAGACAGGGGGAGUUUUGAUGACCCCACUGCUAAAUUCUGCGUCGGUUGCGUCACAGAGGCUUUCGAUUACCUCCAUCGCAAGGGUGUCCUCUACAGAGACCUGAAGCCAGAGAAUCUCAUGCUGGAUACCGAGGGAUACAUCAAACUGGUUGACUUUGGUUUUGCCAAGAAGAUCAGAUGCGGUCAAAAGACCUGGACCUUCUGUGGGACACCGGAGUACGUGGCCCCUGAGAUCAUCCUCAACAAAGGCCACAACUUCAGUGUAGACUUCUGGGCUCUGGGCAUCCUGGUGUUUGAGCUCCUUACUGGCAGUCCUCCGUUCUCAGGGAGUGACCAGAUGAUGACUUACACUUUCAUCUUGAAAGGAAUUGAGAAGAUGGACUUCCCCAAAAAGAUCACAAAGAGACCCGAGGACCUCAUACGCAAGCUGUGCAGGCGAAAUCCCUCUGAGCGACUGGGCAACCUCAAAAAUGGAAUAACUGAUAUCAAGAAGCACAGGUGGUUUAACGGCUUCAACUGGGAGGGACUGAAGGCGAGGACUGUACCAUCUCCACUGAAAAGAGAACUUACAGGACCGACAGAUCACAGCUAUUUUGACAGCUACCCUCCAGAUGAGGACAGUCCUCCUGAAGAGCUGUCUGGUUGGGAUAUGGACUUUUGAGACGUCUUGCUCCAUCUUUCCAUUGUUGUCUUUUCUUUGCUCACCCUAACCAAAGCUUGAUUGGCAAAGGCCAGCUUACAUCCACUCGGGGCAACAUGGUGGAGGACCUCAGGUUCUGGGCAACAGUAGCUGCAGUUAGCGGGUUACUUUCUGAACUAAAGAUCGGCCGGCUCAACAUAAAGGAUCAGUUAUAGGCAAAUUCUCUGUUGAGUUUGACUGUGAAACAGUUUGUAAUGCAACAAUCACGGACCUUUCGGUUAGUAGGCUAUAUUAUUUAAGCUAAUCUAGUACAAUGUAGUGCUAAUUGUGGUAGUAGUAGUGGCAUGUUAGCAUAGUAAACUACAAUCUGUAAUACUGAAAAGCUACUGAGGUUCUCCACAAUCUGCUGCUACAAAAUGUUGCAGUGGAUAAACACUCACCUAAACCGAAAACACAGCUGGCAGUGUUUGUGGGUGGUAAGCCAUUGAGGAAUCAAGUCUUUGGAUGUUUGGGGAAAUUGCGCAAAUCAAAGUAGGAAAUAGGCAUAGAU